AUGAGGGACUCGAAUCAAGAAGAAGGAAGAAGAAGAAUUGCCACCGUUCUUGGAAGGCGCAAGGUGCCACGUCGGUCUUCAAAGAAGAGCAAAGACAUCAUCCCUGUUUCCGACGGCACUGAAGAGCACAAGCUGCCGCCCACCUGCGAGUCAAGCGAGUCUCUUCCUCACUCCUCUGCCAAGGCGAUGACUGGGGACGCCAAAGCGAGCAAGGGCAGACAUCCGAGGCAAACGCACAGCGGUAGCCCCAAGGCUAAGUCGUCUUCGGCUGUUACUUCGCUCUCCGAAAAAGACACACCGCAAGGAACCGCGUCUGCUCCUCGGGACCCGCAUCACUCCAGUCCCAAGAUAUUGGGACUGUUGGCGCAGGGCAAGAGGGUCCGAUCUCCUCGUCGUGGCUCUAAACGCUCAGCGCCUGGGAGCCCAACCUUCGGUAGAGGCACUACCCGUCAGCGAGAUCGCGGAUUCUCACCCACAAUCGCGUCACCUGCCUCUGCAGCUUCUAUCGACGCUACGUAUCCCAUGUCACCAGCUGGCCAAUCGGUAGACUCUCGCGAGGGAAUAUCGCCUGCCGGGCCUACCGACAAUCGGUUAAGCACCAGACCAGUCGCAGGUUACAUGUCGCCCGAUGGUUACCGCAGACACUCUACGCAGCAGGGAAUCUUGUCCUCCUCGGAACCGUUCUCUUCAGACGCGGCGGUGCGAGCCAAGACCUUCGAGUCUCGCUCCCCCGUCGCUUACGGCGCCGACGAGCAGCGGGAGCUGCUGUUCACCUACGUGGCCGUCGCGGUAACAGUGCUCGCUCUGUGCGCGCUACUCACCGCCGUACUGCUGCUCGCUGUUCCCGUGGGCCCACAGGACACCGUCUGCACGACGGCCUCGUGCACUGCGCUGGACUCCCUGCUGGCUGCUAGCGUCGACCAAACUCGAGACCCGUGCGUCAAUUUCUACGCGCACGUGUGUAAUGGCUGGGCGCAGACUCGGAACCAGUCUGUCUACCGGAGCCACCUUCGAGAGUUCUUGGCAGACGCGCACUGGAUUUUUGCGCGCGUGCUCGUUCCCUCCCAGGCACAGACGGCUCAGCAGAUGGUUGCUGCUUUCUACCAGACGUGUACGGCCGUGCUGGUUGACGGCACCGACGAGCUGCCCUCCUUCCGCCGCCAGCUCCACCUGGCGGGAGUGAGAUGGCCUCAUUUGUCCGCCGAGCCGAACGUCGUCGCCACAGCGGCCGCGGUGUACGCUGCCUUUCAAGUGACUUCUAUGCUGCGCAUACGGCCUUCUAAGCGCCACACGAAAAACGUGCUUGAAGUAGCGCCAGACAUGACGUUCCUGCGCGGGUGGCAGGGCACGCGCGAUAGGCUCAUACAUUCUGGCUUCUACGCGCGUUUCUUCGAGGAGACCAAGAAUAAAUACGCCGGAAAUGAGGGACCCGCAAACGCAGCGCCGAGCUACGAAAUGUUCUUCAAAGCCGAGAGCGCCGUUCUCCAGGCAUUGGUACACUGGGGAAAAUCCGGCGCCGAAGUCGAAUUCGGCCGCAUAGAUAGCCUCAUUCAAAUCACCAGGAAUGUUCCCACGACAACAUGGCGUGCAGUCGUUGAAAAACUAGGGCUCCCAGAAACCGCGCACGUCAUCAUUGCCAACUUGGAGCUCAUCAGGAAGGUGGAUGAGUUGUUUACUACGCUAGGAGAACAGCGCCUCCACUACUACUUGGGAUGGUGCGUGGUGCAACAGAUGAUGCGCUACAUGAGCAAGGACCUCGCCAGCAGCUGGUACGACUACGAGGUGACCAACUCCGGAACGGACAUGGCUAGCGAAUGGCGCGGCCGAGCAGAGUGCAUGCAGCUCAGCGAGAAGCUUGUAGGGCGAUUUACCUUCGGUCGUUUCAUCCUCUGGAAAACAGACGCCGAAGACUACGCCUACGUGCGCUCCGUGGUAAGCGCCGUCUCGAAUCAACUGCUGCGCGUGAUGCCGUUGAAUGGCCUCUUCGGCCUACUGAGCACGGCCGACUUCCACCUCGACUUCCACGAGGACGCCAUGCGAGUCGCGGACGAGGCGCUCGGGAAGUACGGCCUGUCCAACCGUUCGUCGCUGCUCAGCAACUGGAUGGACAUCGCCGCUGCCAUGAGCACCGUCAACGCGACGUUCAGGGACCGCAUCCCGACCACGUACACCAGGGACCUCGUAGCGGAGCAGUGGUACAACCUGUACGACAACCAAAGUGGAGCGCUCACCCUUCCUCCCUUCUUCGCGAUGCUUCCAGUCUACAGGCGGCACUUGAGCGAAACGACCAAGUUUGGCGGCCUCGGCACGCUCUUCGCCACCGCCAUUUUCCGGCUCUUUCUUGCCAAGCUCACGGGCUACCCUACCGUGUCUCAGCGGGCUCUGAAAUUGCUUCGCUGCUUCGCCGAGUUGGCCGAAUAUCGCAGCGACCAUCUCGAGCUCUACCACCACGGCGCGUCUGUGAAGCUUGCACUGGAGGCGCUGCGGUCGCUCCCCCACAGCGGUCACCAGCGGCUCCGAAUGUUCGACAGCCUGCAGCUGUUUUUUGUCAUCAUGUGUUACCUGUUCUGCACUCCUAACACAUCCGAGGACACCAUGAUCGCAGAAACUAUUUGCAACGAGGCUGUCAAGAACAGCCCGGAGUUCGCCAUGGCAUUCCAAUGUCCUUCAGGGGCACUAAUGAAUCCGGACCAAAGGUGCCGUUUCUUCUAG